CACUGUCAAGUGUCAGUGUAACAAAUGGUUUUCAAUAUUAAGUUUGAUCACAACAAAUUUUUAAUUCUAAAAAAGAAAAAGAUUUAUGUAGAAAACAGUAUUAAAUAUAUUUUGCAAAAAUUCUAAUGGAAGGAGGUAAUUCCAUUAUAUACGGACUUGAGCACCAGACUAGAGCUCUGUCACCUCAAUAUGGUGAGAGUGACGCGAUAAGAUUCCUCAUAGGAACUCAAAGCCUUAAACCAAACAGUAACCAAGUUCAUGUAGUUGAGCUCGAAGAAGACACAGGUGAACUACAUACCAAGGUAUUUAAACAUGACAUUGGCGAAAUAUGGCACCUCCGCUGUUCCCCUCACGACGCGGCUACCCUCAUUACAACACACAAUUCAUACAACUCGGAUACAAGUCAAUGUUCCAUGGGCGUGUCCAUAUUUAGGCUCCCUACCACUGAGGUUAUUCCAAAGGAUUUAGACGCCAUGACCAUACUGAAUAAUAGGAACGCUGAAGAUAUGGAACUCCUCAAAACGAUGACUCCAGAGAAACCGGAAGAGGAAAUACGCUGUGCUGAAUGGCAUCCCAUGGAUAUGAACAGGAUUGGUAUAGUAUUGGACAAUUACGUCAGCAUUAGGGACACCAACACGGGAGAACAAGUGGGCCGAGUGGCACCGGAGGGCAGGAGUAGGCUCAAAUUUAGCGGAGGAAAGUGGAGUCCACAAGUACAAAACCAGUUCGCAGUACUCCAAGACACGCAUAUAAAAUGCUUCGAUACACGGACCGACUGUUCCAAGGCCGCUUGGAACAUUGACGGCGCACACAGACAGCUGGCCAGAGACCUAGACUUUAAUCCUAAUAGACAGUUCCAUUUGGCGAGCGCCGGUGAUGACGCAGCAUUGAACAUUUGGGACUAUAGGAACGGGAAGGAACCGAUAUUCACUAGGACUGACCAUUCACAUUGGGUGUGGACAGUCCGUUACAACACAUACCAUGAACAGCUUUUAUUGACCGGAAGCUCAGACGCCCGCGCCCUCCUCACGUCCGCGGCGGGCGUGUGUGACGAUGAAGAGGGUCUCAGGAUUAGCCAGGUGCUAGAAGAUGGCGUCUUACAAUCCUACGAACAACACGAGGACUCGGUGUAUUGUGCUGAAUGGAGCGCCGCGGAGCCCUGGAGCUUCGCCUCACUCAGCUACGACGCCAGGCUCGUUAUAUCAAGAGUGCCCUUACAUUUUAAAUAUAAGAUACUGUUGUAAUGUCCCAUAAAAUAUAUUACCAUUAAUUUGAUAUCACUUUAAUUUAAAACUACUAUGUGAAAUUUUUAGUGUUUACAUUCCAAAAAAAUCAAACAUUAAUAAAUAUAAAUAAAAGCCUUAAUAUAAAUAUAAUUUGUUUACUAAAAUCUCUCCGCGACCCUUUUGGCAACAUUCCUUAGAUUCCCGUAAACUUUGGAUGGCGGCGAGCCCAUUAUCAAGUUACAAAUGGCUCUUCUUGCAAGCGCUAUAUUCUGGAAACUUCCCAAUAUAUGAAUUUUGGAGUCGGCCAAUACUAUCCUGGUCUUAGUCACAUUCUCUAUAGUGAACUUUGUCCGUCCCGCCUUACCGGCCAGCCUGCCGAUAGCCCUUCCCAAAUGAUCACCUUGCAAUGUUUUCA